AUGGGGGAUCCUAAGAAAAACUCUGCUAAGCACAGAGAACUGCAGCAUAAUGAAUCACCAGAAAACCCUUCAAAACCCUCAGAUACCACUAAGGAAGCCUCUUGGUGGUUGAAGAAAAGAACCGGCGUUGUUAUGGUAUCUUUUAUCGUUCUUCUAAUAAGCGCCUUUUGGGGAGUCAAAGAAAAUAGCAUCGAACUACAAAAGGCUCUUGAUUUCGAUUUCGAUUUCGAUUUCUCUGACUUGAAAGGUAAUUUACCAACCACUUUAAUCAGUGCUCUCAAUGAGGCAAAAGGAGAAUCUACUAAACAUCAAGUUGACACCACCAAUGACUUUGUCGUUGGGAAAUACAUGGUUAAAGAAAACUACACCUCAAAUAACCCAGUGGUGAUGGUUCCUGGAGUCAUCAGUACCGGGCUUGAAAGCUGGGGAUUGUCCGGAACUCCUGAAUGUCCUUCUGAACCCCAUUUCCGUAAAAGACUCUGGGGCUCAUUUUACAUGUUGAAAGCAAUGUUUUUGAAUAAAAACUGCUGGCUACAACAUAUUAUGUUAGAUCCGGAAACUGGGCUCGAUCCACCGAACUUCAAGAUCCGGGCAGCCCAAGGUUUCGAAGCGGCAGAUUUCUUCAUCACGGGCUAUUGGAUUUGGAAUAAGAUUGUUAGCAAUUUGGCGGUGUUGGGCUAUGGUCCCAACGAAAUGACUUUGGCUGCCUAUGAUUGGAGAUUGACAUAUCUUGAUUUAGAGAAAAGAGAUCAGUAUUUCACCAAAUUAAAAGACUCAAUCGAAGUCCAAUAUGCUCAAAAUGGGAAAAAGAUCAUAUUGGUAGGACACUCUAUGGGCUCUCAAGUCAUUUACUUUUUCUUAAAGUGGGUUGAGGCAUACGGUAAGAAUUUUGGUAAUGGUGGACCGGAUUGGGUCAAUACUUAUCUUGAUGGAGUGGUUGAUAUCUCUGGUUCUACCUUGGGUACCCCGAAGGCGGUUACUGCAUUGUUAUCGGGGGAAAUGAAAGAUACUGUGCAAUUGAACUCAGUAGCCGUUUACGGAUUAGAGAAAUUCUUCAGUAGAAAAGAAAGAGUGGAUAUGUUGAGAACUUUUGGAGGGAUCCCAAGUAUGAUCCCAAAAGGUGGUGAUAGAAUUUGGGGCGAUCUUACAAGCUCUCCAGAUGAUUCUUGGGUCAAUAAAACCACAGAGACUUCUUAUGGUCUGUUCAUUAAGUUUAAGGAACAUAUUGGUAAAUUUUCCGCUAAGAACUUGACACUUCAAGACACCAUUCAAUUUUUGUUGGACAACUCCCCAUCAUGGUUUAAAAAUAGAGUGAUGAGUAGUUAUAGUUACGGUAUCACUUCUGAUCCUGUGCAAUUGAUGAAAAACAAUCAAGAUUCUUCUAAAUGGACUAAUCCUUUGGAAUGUCCUCUACCUAACGCUCCAAACUUGACGUAUUAUUGCUUUUAUGGUAUCGGUAACCCAACAGAGAGAAGUUAUACUUAUCAAGAAGAAAAGGAAAAGUUGAUCUCAAAACUCAAUGUCUCAAUGGCUUAUGGUGAGAAAGACUCUGUUACUUUGAGUGAUGGUGACGGGACUGUGUCUCUUAUCACACAUACCAUGUGCCAUAAAUGGAGAGAAGAGAAUUCUGUUUACAACCCAGGGAAUGUCAAGGUUAAGAUUGUGGAAAUGAAGCAUGAACCAGAAAGGUUUGAUAUCAGAGGCGGUUCCAAAACCUCUGAACAUGUGGAUAUCUUGGGUUCCACCGAGUUAAAUGAAUUGAUUCUUAAGGUUGUUAGUGGACGUGGCCAUGAAAUUGAGGACAGGAUUAUCAGUCAAUUGCCAGAGUUCAUUAAGAAAAUGGGCUGGGAAGAUGAGCAAAGUAAGGAGGUUAGUUAUAAAUAA